AUGGUUCCUCGUGUUUCGCUUCCGCCCCGGGACAGGCGGGUCGAGAGCCAAUUUGCAGGAGUGUACAAGUCCCGGUCGGGACUCGAGCUGGCCCAUUUCAUUCUCCAUUUGGGCAGCUGGAAGGCAGAACUCGUGACUUUGCAAGCCUCAGUUUGUCUUCUCUUCGACCUUGCUUCGGCUCGCGGCCACAAGCCUGGCGAUGCGACCAUGUUGGCAGAAGACAUGCAAAUGGCAUUAACAUGA